GAAUCGUAUUUGUAUUAUUAUUAUUAUUAUUAUUAUUAUUAUUAUUAUUAUUAUUAUUAUUAUUAUUAUUAUUAUUACUACUACUACUACUACUACUACCACUACUACCACUACUACAAUUAUUAUUAUUAUUACUAUUACUAUUAUUAUUAAGUAUCGCUUAAAAUUUAUCGAAAUAAAUAAUAAUGUAAAAAUCAUAUUGUCCGAAUAAAAGCCGAGAAAUAAUAAUAAUAAACAAAAAAUAAAAUAAAAGAAAAGAAAAAUUAUCAAGGUAGACAUUGUACGAGGAUCCUUUAAUCUUCUCGUUACUUCUGUAGUACUAUUAUUCCAUUUAUAAAUAUACCUGUAUUAUUAAUAUAGAACAAAAGGCAACAAAGUUUUGAGGAACAACGAGAACAUUGGUACGGUAUUGUUUGAGAAAGGCGAUUACAUGAAACGUUGUUGGACCAGCGAGGAAUUUACAAUUUUGAAUAGUCGACGUAUGUUUCAAGAUAUUUUACCGAAGGUGAAGGUCAUCGAUUAUCAGAACGACCAAUACAUAGCAUUGUUAAUGGAUUACUUUCAUAUUUGUCUCGAUUCCGUACGAAUACUUUCGAUAGGAAAAACUAAACACUUGAUGUUAAAAGCUUUGGCCGAUGCAAUGGGUGGUUAUUUGCGAGCUUACAUAUUACCAUUUACAAAACAAUCGUAUUACGCAGGGAACAUCAAGUAUCAUAACGCAAAAAAAUUAUUCGAGCUUUACGAAGAGUUGAAAGAUUUUCUUCAUACGAAUGGGAAUGGUUGGUCAAAGUCAAGCGGUGAAAUUACACCGUUUAAAACGAUGCCAAUUGUAACGACACCGUCGGAAUCGUUCGUAGCUUGUAAUGGAUUAAUUACAUAUCCUAUUCGUGACGAUAAAAAUAAUCGUCAUCUUCAACAAAGAUUUGCUCGUAGAAAGAAAAAACGAUAUAUCUAUCGAUUAAGAUCGAGGAGAUAUUUGCCUGCAGGAUACAACGAUGAUUCUAAUAUGGACGAAGAAUCAACGAUCGUUCCAAUUCCUUUUUUGGACGAUGAAACUGAACCGAACAGUAUCGCCGUACCAUUCAAAUCGAACAGCCUUCAGUCUUUACAUUCCGAACGAUCGGCGUUCGUUCUCGUUAAAUAUUACAUUGCCAGCGUGAAGUGUAUCGUAUCGAGGUCGAAAACAAAAGACGCCCUGGAUAAUUUCAAUAGAAACUUCUUCUCUUGGCUGCAGCAAUCAGUAAGACGACAUUUGAACGAUGAAAAAUGGUAUCCAGCAUUCGGUGGAGUUUUGAGAGUAAUUUUUUCAUUGGAAGAAACAGAAGGAACUAUGAAAAUCAAAAGUGGUUCUUAUCAAGUUAUGCCGAAAAUGGAGAUCGAACACAACAGUGUGCCAAUUGAUGACAUACCACCUCUUUAUAAGGAUAAUGAACUUAUAACGUUUGGAACUACCGAGUUGAUUAUAAUCGCUGUAGUAAGCGCAUUAUUGGUCUGGUUGUUGGUCGGUUUGAGUCUAGUUUGCUACAGAUAUCUCAGCAGACAUUCGGAGGAAUGUUCACCAUGUGAAUCUCCAAACACACCGGUCGCAGUGCUAUACGAAAAUACUGAUUAUUCUAAAUGUGAGAGGGGUUUCUCGAAAACAAUUGUCCCGAUGGGACCAAUAGAAAAACUAAAGGAGUGGUAUAAAAACAAGUUCGGACAAUGUCCUGGUGGUUGUCAGGAUCGAUACGACGAGGAACGUUGUUUAGCCGCUAUUAGUUACACCAGCAAAGACACAGUAUCUGGAAGCAGAAUUUGCCAGAGGAAAAAGUACGUGAAAUCUACCUCGGCAUCACCUUCGAGUUCUCCGGUAGAACGAACGAUAUUCAGGCAAAGCGUUUGCUACAGUUCCGAUGCAUCUAGCACGAUGUCCGAGGUACCAGGAAAACGAAGAAGAUAAUUAAUUACGAUAAUUAAUGAAACACAUCGUAUUUUUAGCAGUAUAAUUUUGAUCAAUAUAGAUGUACUUCGUAUAGACC